CACCGCCAUAUACCGCCAUAUUGUUUGCGGUAGUCGCGCACGUAGUUGGUCGAUUUGUACGUGGUCGCGUGAGUUUUUUUCUUGUUCGGUGAGUCCCUCGGGAAAGUUUGCAAACAUUUCGCGAAAAAGCAACAUGAAGAAGACCAAGGACGUGUCCGACGAGGACGAAUACUCUGCAGACGAUCCAGAAGAAAUGGAAGGAGCCUCCGAAGAAGAGUGGACUCCUGAGGCCGGGGUCGAAGGUGGUGCUAAGAAGAGGCCACAGAGAGAAGUUGCUAAAAAACGACAACAUUCUGAAGAGGAGGAAGACGAAGAAGAGGAAGAGGAUGAAGAGGAAGAUGAAGAAGAAGACGAAGAAUCUGAUUCUGACACAGGAAAGAAACCCAAAAGGAAAAGACGGUCAAAAAAAGAGGAAGAUGAGAAAGAAGAUGAAGAUGAAGAGGAUUCAGAUGAUAAUAGCUUUAAUGAAUCAUCUGGAGAAACACCAAAAGAUUUUACUUCUGGAGCAUUUGUUGUUGCUAAAGCUGACAUUGGUACAAGUACAGACCCAACAUUGUGGAGGAUAGAUGGGAAAGCAUUACUUCAAAAAUUUUUACCCUUUAAAGAAGAUGGAAAAACACUGUACAAAAGCACAUCAACAUAUUCUGGAUGGUCCGUGAAUAACAAAGAUAAAUACUUGGCAGCACAAGUCACUUUUAAAGUGCAAAGUAGAACAGAGACAAUUGUUGAACUUCAUCUUGAUCAACAACAACAAGAAGUUGUAAAGGAGGACAAAGAAGACUAAAUAUAAAAUCACGGUUGAUUUUAUUUGUUUAUAUACAUUUUAAGGUAUGCUAAGAAAGAAUACAUCUACAUCCACAUGUACACAAUAACACUACACAGGCAUAUUACGCAAACAAAUGGAUGCAGUUUACAAAUUGAUAUUCUAGCAGAUUCGUGUUUAAAAAUAAGAUUGAGUGGACCAUGGAUCUCAGUUCAAAGUUGCAAAAGGGUAGCUUUACGUGUAAUUGAUAGUUCUGUCAAAUGCGUAUGCGUGUUUCAAUUAACAAUAAAGCUACCUUAAAGCGCCGUUAUUCAGUUCUUUAAAAGUACACAAUAUCCACUCGCACUUUAUAUUUUAUAGUUCGGAUGAAAGUACGAACUUUUUAAUUUGACUGCAACAUUAUUUUUUAAAUAUUGUCUUUUUUCUUUCUAUCUUCCAUUCGGAUAAUUGUUACGCGAUACAAAAAUUUGGACUCAGUCUCGAUCUCGAAAUUCACUUGGCUGUUUAUUGUACUUUAAAUAAUUAUACCCUAUGACGAAAACACAUUAAUUAAUUAAAUCCUGCAUUACGUUUAGUCACCGAAAUGCAAAAUAUUAGAUAUAGAAAAAAAACACCAUGUCAGUUACCGUUUGUCUUGUGUUCCUACCAUCCUGUGAAUCCCCUGGAAAAUCAUGUUUAUAAUUUUUUAUUUCAUUUUUGGACUAUUUUUCAUGAGCAUAAAAAACGUAUAUACUAAAUUUAUGUUUAUAUCAACAAUUGUGAAUAAGAAAUUGAAUUGUACUGUCAUGAAUCAUGUUCAGUGGUGUGUCAUGUCGGACCUAGUUUUAUAGAUAAAAAUUAUGGUUCGCAUACAUGAAAAAAGAAAGAGUAAAAAUUAAUUGUGUUAAAUAUUUAUUCAGUA